AUGCCUUACAACUCGGAGCGACGCGAGCUCUUACGCGACCUGGACACAGCCUGCGCCCUCAGUAUCGUAGGCGACGACGCCGAAGAGAGAUAUAUGCUGUGGACGACAUAUCUAUCCGUCGCUACAAGCAGGUAUCUCUACGAUCGUAUAGGAGCCCCACACCGAGACGACAAGUUUGAUGAGCUUUUGGCACUCUCAGAGAACGAGUUCCGGCAGGUUACGCGGGUUUCCAAGUCUUCGUUUGCUGCUCUACACGACUAUAUCGGAGGGAACACUGUGUUUAAUUCCGGUGGCACCGAUGCGCCGCACAAACAACGGCCAGCGAGUGUACAGAUUGCCGUUGCACUCGCCCGGCUCGGAUUAAAUGGAAAUGCUGCUUGUGUUGGAGAAUUUCACCGGCGGUUCAAUAUAGCUGCUGGGUCGGUGGUAGCGUAUACGAAGCGAGUCGUUGCAGCUCUCAAGGCAGUGCGUGCGCAAUAG